AUGGCCACAACCACUCCUCAGCGUUCAAUGGAUGAUGAUCCCACAAAAUCACCACAGCAAGACACAGGAACCAAGAAAGAAGACAACAACAAUAAUGGAUCUGAAGUUGUACAUGACGAGACGAGAAGUCCCGAUGAGGCUUUGGAUGAGAUAAAGAAGCAACAGACUCAUAAUCUCUACUGUCCUAACUGUAAACGAACCAAGAAAGAAGACAACAACAAUAAUGGAUCUGAAGUUGUACAUGACGAGACGAGAAGUCCCGAUGAGGCUUUGGAUGAGAUAAAGAAGCAACAGACUCAUAAUCUCUACUGUCCUAACUGUAAACGUAACAUUACCACAGAUGCUGAAAUCUUUGUAAAGGGUCAAGAGACUGAUCCUUACAAAACAGACUAUUUCCGACUGUGUGUUCCUCUCGUUAUCCCCUUCAAGUUCCCUACCUUUCCUCUCUCAAGGUUUUCUCUCGCAGAGCCAUGGAAGAAACUAAAGGAACUUUCCCCGAACUGUUUACCAAGGCUCAGUCCCACUUACUUGCGGUUCCUAUUGGCUGCGGUUCUACUAUUGCUAUCAGUCAUUGUUCUAUGGUCCUCGCAUUUUCCUCUGCCACUGCCAGAAUCACCUUUUCAUUUGCCAUCGCGAGGGUCACAUUCUCCUUCGCCACUGCCAGGUUCUCCUUCUCUAUCGCCAGUUCCAACUUCUCAUUCGCCAUCUCCAGGAUCACAUUCUCCUUUGCCACGGCCAGAGCCGCCUUCUCCAUCUCCAUCCCCAGGGCCGGGUUCUCCUUUAACAGUGCCAGGAACGACUUCUCCUUUGCCACUGUCAGGGACGCCUUCUACUCAUCCAAAGCCAGGGCCAUAUUCUCCUUUGCCACUGUCAGGAACGUCAUCUCCUCAUCCACAGCCAGGGCCGGAUCCAUAUGAAAAGAUACGCUGGCUCAUACAUUUCCCGAGCAUCAAGUACCUUUCCGUGAUCUCGUUGUUGUUCCUCGCCAUUCUGGCUCUCCUCUGGUCUUCCAUUUUCCCCAUCAUCAAUUACCUGAUAGUAGCAACGAAAAGAUGGAGCGUAAGAGGUAUUACCCGACCAAGUACUAAUGUUACAAACCCUCCAACCCCUACUAGUAAGGGAACAGAUCAAGCUCCAGAGAAAGGCCCUGGAGGUGAAGAGAGUAAGGAAGGUGUUGUUGGGCAGAAGAAUGAUAUCCCAGAUAAUGGCAACCCAGUGGAUGAAUGUCGUGGUUCCAGUUCUAAAUCUCUUUCCAAUGGAGCUAGACAUCUUGAAGAGUAUUGUGUUCGGAGGUCUAAUCGAGUCCAUCACAAGCCUUAAUGUUGUAUCUUCCGCUGCCGGUUCCGGAGCUUCAACUCAACCGACAAUGGGCACUACCAAGCUGCGGUCGUUCUCGCGGCAUCUUUGGUCUGCGUCAUCUCUCUCUCCUUUGCCAAAGCUUAUGCCUUCAAAAUGGAAAAAAAACUCAGGACCGUGGCUGAGUACACCGGAAUGGCGAUUGGAGCGUCUGCGCUUUCUUUCAUCACCAGUCAACUUCUCAGUGAUCUGCUUGAGAAGUACGGCUUCCAUGACACUGAAUAAACAAGUUUGAUUAGAUAAACCACAGAGUUCUCCAUCUUCCUUUCUGUUAAACUUUUUAAUAUGUGUUGUACACGAACUUGUUUUGUUCCUUAUGUAAGUAAGCAAAAAGGUUCGGUUUUUAUCAAGAUUUAUCAGUUUGUUCUC